UCCCCCCUCACUUGCCACAUAUCCACACAACCAUAUUUGCAUAAACAUUAAAAAACAUAGAAGAGAUCGCCAGAGAUUGUUAACAGUGAUACACGAGGCAUAGUUUGUGACGAAAGUUGUGUUCAUGGCAAUGGCAUCUCCGCCCAAAUGAGCCGCCCUCUUCCUCUUAUAUUCUCUCUUGCGAGAGCAAGUCUUGGUCUUCAUCUCCGUUUCUCUCCCUCUCGUUUCCAACACAACCCAUCAUUCACAUUCACAUCUCUCUCUCGCUUCAUGGCUCCAGCAUUUGAAGCCCAAGGUGGAGCACCACCACCACAAGCGGAGCCAGUACAAGAACAAGCCGCCGCCGCCGCCUCACAAAACAAUGCCCACUUCUCCAAUUAUGAAUCCAAAGUCACCAUUGUUGGUAGUGGCAACUGGGGCAGUGUGGCUUCCAAGCUCAUUGCCUCCAACACCCUUAGGCUCUCCUCUUUCCAUGAUGAAGUGAGGAUGUGGGUCUUUGAGGAAAUAUUACCAAGUGGUGAGAAGCUCACAGAUGUCAUCAACUCUACCAAUGAAAAUGUGAAAUAUCUCCCUGGUAUUAAGCUUGGAAAAAAUGUUGUUGCAGACCCAGACCUUGAAAAUGCUGUGAAGGAUGCAAACAUGUUGGUUUUUGUGACCCCACAUCAAUUUAUGGAGGGAAUAUGUAGGAAGCUUGUUGGGAAAAUAAAUGGAGAUGUGCAGGCUAUUUCCCUCAUCAAAGGGAUGGAGGUCAAGAUGGAAGGCCCAUGCAUGAUCUCUUCUCUCAUCUCUGAGCAAUUAGGGAUUAAUUGUUGUGUCCUAAUGGGGGCCAACAUUGCUAACGAGAUUGCCACGGAGAAGUUUAGUGAAGCGACAGUUGGAUACAGAGAGAACAGAGAAAUUGCAGAGAAAUGGGUUCAACUGUUUAGUACUCCCUAUUUCUUAGUCACAGCUGUCCAAGAUGUGGAAGGAGUUGAACUAUGUGGGACCCUGAAAAACGUUGUGGCCUUAGCAGCAGGUUUUGUGGAUGGCUUGGAGAUGGGGAAUAAUACAAAAGCUGCAAUCAUGAGAAUUGGCUUGAGAGAGAUGAAGGCGUUUUCCAAGUUGUUGUUUUCAUCUGUCAAGGAUACCACCUUCUUUGAGAGCUGUGGUGUAGCUGAUCUGAUUACAACAUGCUUGGGAGGAAGGAACAGAAAAGUUGCAGAGGCUUUUGCAAAGAAUGGAGGGAAAAGGUCAUUUGACAAGCUUGAAGCAGAGAUGCUGCAGGGCCAGAAGUUACAGGGUGUUUCGACUGCUAGAGAGGUUUAUGAGGUUUUAGGGCACCGUGGAUGGCUAGAGUUGUUUCCACUUUUUGCAACAGUGCAUGAGAUCUGCAUCGGUCGUCUUCCACCAUCAGCCAUAGUUGAGCAUAGUGAGCGCAAACCCAGAUUUGAGCUGUUAGAUGGCUCUACCCAAUACUGUUAACUGUUCCUUGGAUACAACAAACAAUAUAUUUCACACAAAAAUUAUAGCAGACUUUUCUCCAGUUGUGUCACGCAAGAACAGCAGAACUAGGUGAAACUCGGAAUAGCAAAAAUAUAUAUGACACUAUGGCAACAAGAGAUUAGGGUUGGGAGGCAGCACUUCAGGGAGCUUCAGGCUUGUUUCCAUUAAAAGUAGGAUGGAAAUUAACACGUUUUGAAAGUUCCUAUUACGUACUCUUUUUCUUUUUUCACUUUACACAAACUUUGAAAUGUUCUUUAGUACU